AUGGUCAAAGCUUGCUCAAAUCCUUCCAUAAUACGUUCUUUAUUCAGUGCUACUUUACCUGAUUCUGUUGAAGAGCUUGCACCCUCUAUUAUUCAUGAUGCUGUUCGGUCUCUGAAUCCUCCCGUAUUAGUGUUUGUCCAAAGCAAAGAAAGGGCAAAGGAGCUCUACAAGGAAUUGUCAUUUGACAACGUAAAGGCUGAUGUGAUUCAUGCCGAUCUUACUCAAGAGCAGAGAGAAAAUGCAGUUGAUAACUUCAGAGCAGGCAGGACGUGGGUUUUAAUAGCAACUGAUGUCAUUGCUCGAGGAAUGGAUUUUAAGGGUGUCAACUGUGUGAUUAAUUAUGACUUUCCUGAGUCAGCUGCAGCGUAUAUUCACCGAAUUGGUCGAUCUGGAAGAGCUGGGAGAAGUGGGGAGGCUAUAACAUUAUACAUUGAAGAAGACAAGCCAUUCCUACGACACUUAGCCAAUGUAAUGGCAGCUUCAGGGUGUGAGGUUCCUUCUUGGAUUCUAGCAUUGCCCAAGCUCAGGCGCAAAAAGCACCGACCUCAGAGAGAUGCAAUAUCAACCCUACCAGAAGACAAUCCAGAGUAAAAAGCGAACAUGCCAUUGAAAUGAGGGAAGAUUUUCGUGGAAAGUAUCUGAAUGGUUCUGAUGAUUUCAUCUGUUCAUUAAGUUCUUGUUAGGCAUAAUUCCUAUUCCAAUGACUGGAGAGGCUGACGUUUCAUCUCUUGGCAAUGGCAGGCGCAUGUUUAUGUUUGAGAGAAGAGGGGCCUAAAAGGUUUAAGUGAUAUGUCUAAGGUUGUUCUUAUAUUUAAUUUGUCAAAAAGUUGUUCUGCUUGUAGUAACUUGCACAAAAAUUGAGAAUUUUUGUAUUAUUAAAUUAUUCCCUGGAACAGUAAUUUUUCUAUUUUUAUUUAAAUA